AGCGCGUGAAUGGGUUAGUCAGUUGCUGAAGUCCGAGAGCGGUUACAAGGUUGUUUUCUUCCGUCGAUAAAAAGUCUAAAUUGUCGAGAAAAUGAGGGAAAUCGUGCAUCUGCAGGCGGGUCAGUGUGGAAACCAAAUCGGGGCAAAGUUCUGGGAGGUGAUAAGUGACGAACAUGGCAUCGACCCGUCUGGGACGUACCACGGAGACAGCGAGCUGCAGCUGGAGCGGAUCAACGUCUAUUACAACGAGGCAUCAGGUGGCAAAUAUGUCCCCCGUGCAGUGCUGGUGGACUUGGAGCCAGGCACGAUGGAUUCUGUGAGGUCUGGUCCCUUUGGCCAAAUCUUCAGACCAGACAAUUUUGUCUUCGGCCAGAGUGGAGCUGGUAAUAACUGGGCUAAAGGCCACUACACCGAGGGAGCUGAGCUGGUGGACUCAGUCCUGGAUGUGGUGAGGAAGGAGGCAGAGAGCUGCGACUGCCUCCAGGGCUUCCAGCUCACACACUCACUGGGAGGCGGAACCGGCUCUGGUAUGGGCACUCUGCUCAUCAGCAAAAUUCGGGAGGAGUAUCCAGACCGUAUCAUGAACACCUUCAGCGUGGUGCCCUCACCCAAGGUGUCAGACACGGUGGUGGAACCAUACAACGCCACACUCUCCGUUCACCAGCUGGUGGAGAACACAGAUGAGACCUACUGCAUUGAUAAUGAGGCCCUGUAUGACAUCUGCUUCCGCACACUCAAGCUCACCACGCCCACCUAUGGCGACCUCAAUCACCUUGUCUCAGCCACCAUGAGUGGGGUGACCACCUGCCUGCGCUUCCCUGGCCAGCUCAACGCUGAUCUGAGGAAGCUGGCUGUGAACAUGGUGCCUUUCCCCAGGCUGCACUUCUUCAUGCCAGGCUUUGCCCCCCUGACCAGCCGAGGCAGCCAGCAGUACAGAGCGCUGUCAGUCCCUGAACUCACCCAGCAGAUGUUUGAUGCCAAAAACAUGAUGGCAGCCUGCGACCCUCGUCACGGGCGCUACCUGACAGUCGCCGCCAUCUUCAGAGGCCGCAUGUCCAUGAAGGAGGUGGACGAGCAGAUGCUCAACGUGCAGAACAAGAACAGCAGCUACUUUGUGGAAUGGAUCCCCAACAACGUCAAGACAGCCGUCUGCGACAUCCCUCCCCGCGGCCUCAAGAUGGCAGCCACCUUCAUCGGCAACAGCACGGCCAUUCAGGAGCUGUUCAAGCGCAUCUCAGAGCAAUUCACCGCCAUGUUCCGCCGCAAAGCCUUCCUCCACUGGUACACCGGCGAGGGCAUGGAUGAGAUGGAGUUCACCGAGGCAGAGAGCAACAUGAACGACCUCGUGUCCGAGUACCAGCAGUACCAGGACGCUACUGCUGAGGAGGAGGGCGAGUUUGAAGAGGAGGGUGAAGAGGAGUUGGCCUAAACAGUACCAUGACCUCUCAAAUAAUUAAAAUGUUGCAUUUAUUUAAAAAGAAAAAAAGUUCACCUUUAUUCCAGCGGAGAGUUGAUGAUCUAUUGAAACGUUCUCAGCCUGAUGCAGUGUAAAUGGUUCCUCCAGGGUUGGUUUUUACAUGUCGUCUGUUCUGUUUUCACACUUGUUUUUUGCUGUCAGGAGUUCUCGUCUCCCUCUCUGUUUUUGAAUGUUUGAAACUUCUUCUGUCUCCUUUCCUGUUUAGGGAGCGAUCCCUUUCCACUUCAUCAAACCAAAAUUAAAAAAGGGUCAUGCUGUUCAACCUGAAAAUCUUCUGUUCAUACUUGUCAAGCUGCAUGUUUCAAAUGUCCAGUAUGUAACGAAAGAAUGUGACACUGAGCAGUUCGAGGCACUCUGCUGAAUCUGAUGCUCAUUCUGUUUCAUGUAGAACGUCAUCUUUCAGCAGAAGAGAUAAAAACACUACCUUCAAAAUUUAAAAAAAUGCACUACAGGAUUGAAAGCUUUAAAAGUGCCCGGAGCUGCUCACUGUUACAUUCACAUAUUUCUACUGUUUGUAGACAUGACACACAAAGACUGGUUUUAACCUUUUGAUGCACAACAUGGGUCAAAAGUGACCUGACUGACUUUUCAUGUGCUAUAUCUUGGCAAUAAAUGUAUUCCAUAAUUCAGUA